CGGAUCAUCUGAGCUCCGCUACACAAACUCCUCAGCGAGCAGGAAAACACAGACGAUGGGAUUUUAAACUGCAAAGCGACCAUGAGCUCACACUUCUAGCUUCACGUUCCUCUAGCUGCAGCGUGCGUCGGUCUCUGUGGAACAACUUUCCACCUUUUGCACUGGAUGCUGAGAUGCGCAGAAAGUGACAGGAGUCCUCAUCUCUUCUACAGUCCUAAACGAGCUACGAAACGCCAUGAAAGACGACUUUGCAGACGAGGAGGAAGUACAGUCUUUUGGAUACAAGAGGUUCGGCAUCCAGGAGGGCACCCAGUGCACCAAGUGUAAGAAUGAGUGGGCGCUGAAGACCUCCAUAGCUCUGCUCUAUGUGCUGUGUACUCUCCUCACCAUCGCUGUUGCUGUACUUGGAUACAAAGUGGUGCAAAGAGUCGACAGUGUGUCUGAAGGUAUCGCAAACUAUGGAGGAAAGAUUAAUGCUGUCGAGACUGAUUUGAAAAAGCUCGAUGAUCAAACGGGGGAAAAGUCGGAGAAUACCACCACAGAGAUCCAAGCUUUUAAGAACAACAUCUGGUCUCUGCAGAGGCAGCUGUCUGCGGUGGAAGAACGCAUCCACAGCGAUCAAGUUAAGCUGAAUCAGCUGCAAAACAUCGGCUCAGACAUCCAGAGCAGCCAGGGUUCCAUUCAGGGACUUCUGAGCAGCAACACAGCCACCUUGCGCUUUGUAAAUGGCACCCUGCAGUCAUACGGCAGCAUCGUGGAGGGUCUGCAGGAUGACACAGCCAGACUGCAGAGAGAACUCCAGCAGCAGGUUAAACUCCAAAACCAGGCGCUGCUCAGUAUCAGCAGCCUGAACCUCACUCAGGCCCAGCAGAGAGGCCUCAUCGCCGCCCUGCAGCGCUCAGUGGACGACACCAGCCAGGCUAUACAGAAAAUCCGCAACGACUUUCAGGGCCUGGAGCAGACGGCCCGACAGACACGCUCUGAUACAGAGUGGCUUCGUAGUAAAGUUGAAAACCUGCAGAUCAUGGCCAGCAAUACCUCGGCUCUAGCUAAAGCCAACAACGACAGCCUGGAGGAUGUGGGAGCGCAGCUCACUUUUAUGGCCAACCAGCUCCAGAACACCAGCAGCCUGACUGACGCUCAUGACCAGACUCUGAGGGAGAUCAUGGACCAGCAGAGGGACUUCGGCAACUUCACGUCCACAAAGUUCGACCGGCUGGAGAUGCGGCUGGACGAGUUGGAGCAGAGCAUGGAUCGAGUGACCGGCAACAUCAGCUUCACCACGCAGCUGUUGGGCGCAAUCAACAUCAACCUGAACGGCUUGCGCACUUGCUCCGAGACCGUCGGCCGUCACUCAGACUUCCUGCUACACCUCAACAACAGCGUGACGGACAUGACGACAGAUGCAGCCAGUCUGAGGUCUCAGCAGGAGGAGCUGGCGGCUCGACUGGACAAGGAGGUCACCAGCCUCUUCAUCGUCAUGGAGGAGAUGAAGCUGGUGGACACCAAGCACUCACAGCUAAUAACCAACUUCACUAUUUUACAGGGUCCACCUGGUCCCAGGGGUCCAAGAGGGGACAAAGGACCUCAGGGACCACUUGGUCAGACGGGCCAAAAGGGAGAGAAAGGAGAAAAGGGAGCUCCAGGGAUCCGAGGACCUAGAGGAGAGCAGGGUAGUCCAGGACCCCCGGGGCUUCCAGGGUUAAAGGGCCUCCCGGGUGUCCCCGGCAGCCCUGGGUCCAAGGGCUCCCGAGGGUCAGGAGGCAGGGCUGGACCUCCUGGAACUAAAGGAGAGCCAGGUACUUCUGGUCUGCCUGGAAGGGAUGGACAGCCUGGUCCUCAGGGGGCACAGGGCCCACCAGGUAUCCGUGGCCCAAUUGGGCCAGCUGGAGAGCAAGGACCAAGGGGGCUGCCAGGACCAGUCGGGCCUCCAGGGCCAGUAGGACCACCAGGACAACCAGGACUCCCAAUCCGGGGUCCAGUGAUUCCUUACGGACCAGUGUCUCUGCAGGAUGAGGCGGUAGCUCCUACACUGUGGGCCCCAGGAUGUCCAGCCGAGUGGCUAAACUACAGAGACAAGUGCUACUUCUUCUCCAAAGACCUGCACAGUUUUGAUGAUGCAAAGGCGACCUGUGAAUCACAGUCUGCUUCGUUACUGAUCAUCAAUGACAUGGAGGAGCAGAAAUGGCUGAAGAAGCAGACGUUUGGAAAAGGUUACUUCUGGAUGGGACUGACCGAUCGGCUGGAGGAGAAUGUGUGGCGCUGGCUCGAUGGAACUGAACCUGCUUUCACAAAGUGGAAACCCGGUCAACCAGACAACUGGGGCCACGGGCACGGAACGGGAGAAGACUGCGCGGGUCUCAUCCACGAAGGGUUGUGGAACGAUUUCUUCUGUGAAGAUCUCAUAAGCUACAUCUGUGAGAAGGAAAUGGACACCUCAAGUUCGCCUGGACCGUAGCGACGUGUUGAAAGCGAGCGCACAGUGAGCAGCUAGACUUCCCCCAUGUGGCACCGGUCCACUGACGCAGCACAUGGACAGUCCGGACGGAGAGAGCAAAGGGACAAUUUUAAAAAAUGAGCUCAGAGCUGCAGCAGCAAAACGCCUCUUUAAUGCUGAUGAGGUGCCUUCCUCCUCCAAAGUGAAGCCAGUCCAACAUCACCAGCAAGUGCAAUACAGCAGGGCAACCAAAGAAGGAGGAGAAUCUGUUUUUUGUUUUUUCUAUUUUUUAUUUUUUUUAAAUUACCAAAUCACCAACUGAUUUAUAUAAAUAUAAAUAUUUUUUAUGGGUUUUUUAAAAAAUACAUCUUAUAAAACUGUACUCCAUGUACAACUGAAUAUCUGAAUGUAUAUUUCAUUAUGCAAGUUUGGUAGGAAAAUAUAAAUUCUAUGAAGCCAAAUGGACUUACCGUAACGCUUUUUGUAUAUGUCUUUACAAAGAAAAUAAAAGGUGCAAAAUGAUGCGCAAAAACAUAAAGUCGCUGAUAUGCUAUCUGCAAGGAAACUGUUAUCUAACCUCAUGAAUGUCUAUAUAACAUCUUCAUUUACGCAAAUAGGAAUAAAUUAAGUAUUUACACACAACUUGUCACAAUCAACUCGCGUUUCGGUUAACGAGUUCACGGUUUAAGUAUGAUUGUUUUCUCACUAUUACAUACAUGAAUGAGAAUCUGUGGAUCCUUCCUACGAAUACAAAAUGUGCCAUUUUUCUGCACUCAGGUAUUUUCCUGUUU